CACACUGACAACUUGUUUGAUUGAGGCGGCGUCGUAUUGAGUCUUAAAAAAAAGCUACACAUUUUCUCAUACAGGCUUUCCAAAGUAUUGAAAUAGCAGCCUGACAUUGUUUUGCUAAACAACUCAAUUGUGUUAUUUUCAUUACAAAAGUCUAGUCUCGGGCUAUUGCCCCUUGUUCUUGCAAUCCGGCGGGUGUUAAGAUCCAUGGAAGUAGCCGGCAUCUACGACGGGGACAGCUUUGCUUUCCAGAGAAACAUCGGUCCCUACAACGACCGAAUUCCCAGGCAGGUCUCUGACGGCUCGAUGACGGAACUUGGCAUCGCAGAGCACGAAAAAGCGAUAGAUUUUAGUGCUUACCUGGACCCAGCUUUGCAUUAUCAACAGCUGACAGCCCACCACGAAUCUCAACAACAGCGGGGGACCGAUAUAUUUGCAGAUUUUCUGAACGAGGAGAGCAAGAUAAAGAGAAUUUCACCGUUACAAAACUACAGAAACCACCUAGGCGUAUUAGAGAAGGACCGGGAAUCAAGUCCUUGUGUCAACCCCAGGGAGACAUACGUCCUAGGUUAUCCCGAACUACAAGAGACGCGUGUGGACAGUGUGUUUAGCCCAGACCUCCCCGGCAACCACUACAAAUCUAGAGAGAGAAACGAAACUUUUGAAGACACAAGAAUGGACACGGGUUCGUCUGGGUUUGACAUGAGGUCUUAUCUUCAUUAUCAGUCGACUCCAAGUGGCAGUAUUGGCAACAUCUCCACUGCGUCCUCAUCUUGUUCCAGUCCACCCGGCACACCUGGCCCGUCAGGUAAAGGCAGCCAGUCGCCUAACUCGCAUAGUGGGAAAUUAUCUAAUGGCAAGGGGAAAAAGCGACUGGACAAAGACAGUGAAGAAUACAAGCAGAGGCGAGAGAGGAACAACCUUGCUGUGAGAAAGAGCAGAGAUAAAGCCAAAAUGCGCAAUAUGGAGACGCAACACAAAGUGCUGGAACUUGCUGCCGAGAAUGAACGUUUGCAAAAGCGCGUGGAACAACUAUCAAGAGAGCUUGCCACAUUGCGCAAUCUUCUUUCAGCAACUGGACAAUGAUGAUUGUAUGCUAAACUCACUUCAUUGGAAGUAGAGCUACUUGAAGCCAAUUUAUCGAAGUGAUGUUUCACGUAAGGAAAGGGUAUUCAAGACUAUUCAUGUGAAAACAGACAUUAAGUUUACAAGGCCACGGUUGCAUUAAUUGAGCAACCAGAUCAUGAUUCCUGACAGGUCACCAUCAUGUCAUGUUUUUCUCUGUCUUCAUUUUUGUUAUUAUGCAGUAUUUCGGUGCAGGUUUCACAUUCCAAAACCUAUUUGGUAUUAGACAUAUUCUGUUAUUUAAAUAUUAUUCCCUUAUCUGAGCAAUGGCUGUCAAGGGAAGACUGCAGAGGUAUGAUGCAACUCUUUGUAAUAGUAUUGGCAAUGAAUGAAGUAAUGCAUUUACUGUCAUAUUAAAAAGGUACAGAUGCUUUAAUGGUAUUCGUAUUCUACGAAAUUAAACAGAUUUAUACUUUCUUUA